UAUUUUUAAAAUAAUUAUUUCAUUUUGGUAAAUUAGUCUUAUUUUUUUGGUUAAUGCAGUUGGCUGGGAUACUUGCGGUUGAAGUCACUGUUAGGAUUUCCUUCUGCCUUGGAUGUGAGCUCAGUCUUGUUUUCAUUUGUAUGAUUUUGUGUUUUUCUUAUCUGAUUUGUCAAAUUGAGAUGCAUAAUUUCUGUUUGGCUUACCAUGUGGCCUUACCAUGGUGAAGAAAGAUCUUGCAAUUGUUUUCUAGUUUUAUUUAUUUGUUUGGACUUAAUUGGUUUCUUAAUUUAAAAAAUUAUGUACACCAAUCACAUAGAAUCAUGACUUUUGUAGAAAAUAUGCAUCACUUUGAAUUUUAGAAGCUACAUUGAAUUUGUUUGGCUGUGUGCAAGAUUGUUUGAGAUAAAUUGUAAAUGAUUUGCAUUACAGCAUCACACCUAAAUGGUCUAUAAUAAUUUACUUGGUUAGCUGGUCAUUUAAGACAUGCUAACCAAAAUUUAAAAUGGCUGUGCAUUUUAAUGUCUUUGGUUGGGUCUCUGGAAGAAUAUAGUUUUGACUUAUCGAAGAGCUGAUUUUCAAAGAUAUAAUCUAAAAGCACAGGUCUUUAAUAUUUUUUGUUCUUUCUCUAUUAAUUAGGAAUAUUUGAUAUAGUGAGGAUCGCAAGGCCACGAUUUCAUUAUUGUUUGCAUAACAACUGUAGUGGCUGUUAUAACCCUUUUAUUCCCUAAGUUUUUGCAUUUAAAAUGAUCUUUCUAUCCUUUAGCAUCCUCUGUCCACAUUUUAUACCCAAUUCUCUAAAGGUCAAACUAAAUUUUCAAAGCAGUUCUGAGUCACACUAUUGCCAUUAGAAUACAAGACAAGCAUUAACGGGAAAGCUCCAAUUUCAAAAGGUUAUGAGCUAUAAGCAUCUCAAUCUUCAUGGCAUACUGUGAACUGAAGACAAGGGCAGUCUAGCAAAUUUUUUGUGGAACCUUUAAAAAAAAUCCUAGACCCCACUGAGGUAAACUUGAAGGUCCUUCUCUGAACAUUGAUGAAGUCACCUAGACCCGACUCGGUUUAACCUACCUUACAAAUUAAUAUGGGGAUUUACAAAACUUCAAACUUUGUUUUAUUGUUUUCAAACAUCAUAUGUGAAUGCAUGCAGUGGCCAGGAGCAUACUGUGACUCAAAGCAUAGUUGUUGCUAUCCUGAGACAGGAAAGCCUGUGACUGAUUUCACCAUUCGUGGACUUUGGCCUGAAUACAAGGAUGGCUCAUAUCCUUCAAACUGUGAUCCUAACAGUGUCUUUGAGAAAUCUCAGCUCUCAGACCUCAUGACCAAUCUGUGGAAGGAUUGGCCAUCACUUAGCUGCCCAAGUAGCAAUGGCUUUAGGUUCUGGUCACAUGAAUGGGAAAAACAUGGGACAUGCUCAAAAUCUCAAAUUGACCAACAUGACUACUUUGAAGCAGCUCUCAAUCUAAAGAAAAAAGUAAACCUGCUACAAAUACUCAGGAUUGCAAGAAUUGAACUGGAUGAUGGAUUUUAUAGCUUAGACAACAUUGUAAGAGCAAUAAAAAAUGGCAUUGGGCACACUCCUAGGAUAGAGUGCAAUAAAGGUUCACAUGGUAACAGCCAACUUUACCAAAUCUACUUCUGGGUGGACAGUUCUGGAUCAGAAAUCAUUGAGUAUCCAGUGCCUCCAAAAGGAAUAUGUGCUUCAAAAGUCCAGUUUCCUAAGUUCUAAAGAUUGUGGCUGAGUACUAGCUAGAGGAAUAUAUCUCUUGUCAUUAUUUGCUAGUUAUAAUUUGUUUAUGUUUAGUCUUGGAACAAAUUACUAUAAUUUGUCACCUUCUUUAUAAUAAAGUGAUGGCAAGCUUAUGCAUAA